CAUUUCUACAAAGUGGCAAAUAGAGUUCAUGUUCAUCACAUGACAGUCUACGGGUGUGAACAUAAAAAUUUUGUUUGUAGUAUUUAGAAAUAUCAAUUGACAAUAAAUAAAUAUAUAAAUAUUUUAAUUUAUUAGGUAGAGGACAUCAGAGUCGUAGGAAUAUUUUUAAGUUAAUUUGAGGUAAUUAAUCAAGAAAGUUAUCACAAUGAGGUAUAUAUUAGGUUACACAUUUGCUGGUACGACCACCGCCACGGUAACAGCUUUAGUUUUGUAUCAUAUAUUCACUGGAAAGGGGGAAAGAGCCAGCGUUGGUUGGUUCUUGGAGAACACGUCGCCCUACAUGUGGGCAACUUUGGGUAUCAGUUUGUCUGUUGCUCUGUCAGUAACAGGUGCGGCUCUCGGUAUUCAUACAACUGGAGUAUCGAUCGUUGGUGGAGGUGUAAAAGCACCGAGGAUCAAAACAAAAAAUUUAAUUUCAAUUAUUUUCUGCGAGGCUGUUGCUAUUUAUGGUCUGAUUACUGCAAUUGUACUGUCGGGAAUAAUAGCCGAGUUCCCAUGGGAUGAGACGAUGAUGAGACAAGAGUUGAGGGGAAAAAAUUGGGUUGCAGGAUAUGUGAUAUUUGGCGCUGGUCUAUCAGUGGGUUUCGUUAAUUUGUUCUGUGGAAUAGCUGUUGGUAUCGUUGGAUCCGGAGCAGCUCUUGCUGAUGCCGCAAACUCGGCACUUUUUGUCAAAGUUCUAAUUGUUGAAAUUUUUGGUUCCGCUAUUGGUCUUUUUGGUUUAAUCGUUGGCAUUUAUAUGACUUCAAAAGCAAAAAUGGGUAAACAAGUCUAGAUUUAAUAAAUUUAGGUCUAAAAAAAUUUAGAUUUAACUUCCUACCUUUAAAUAAAUGUUUAAAAAAGAAACAAACGUGUUGUAUUUGAAAGGACUCGUGUAAUGCACUCUUUUAUUUAGUCCUUUCAUUGUAUAUUGUCUCAUUGUUUAGAUUUUAUGUAAAUGAGUUUAAAAAAAAAAGAAAAACAUU